UAUACGUAAAUCAUCAUAAUUUUACAUCGACUAAAUUUCUAGAAAAGUUCUUGCAUAUCUUGUUGAUCUUCACAAUAUAUGUUAUUCAAUAGCAGCGUGAAUAUGCUCACCUUUCUUGUGGGGGUCCUGUUCAUCUGUUGGUCAUUUGGAGAGGUUUUCUCGGAGUCGCCGUGUUCAAGAGCUGAAUCUUUGGUCUGUGGUGAGGAUUGGAUAACUUACAUCAACGAAUGUUAUGCCAAUAAGGCUAAAAAGAAAAUUAAAUGGAAUGGCCCAUGUCCACCAACGAAAUGCCGCUGCAAUAGACUUAUGAUUGAUGUCUGUGGCUCUAAUGGGAUGGAGUACAGUAACCCUUGUGUGGCCAGAUGUCAUGGAGUAACUCAAUUCACGAUGGGAAAAUGUGACAACGCAGAAAGACAGUAAUAAAUGGAAGUUUUCCUCCUACAAAGUCGCUGAAUAGUUGCUACAAAGUUGUAUUCAAUGCGCCCAUUAUUAAUAAAAUAUAAAAUGUGAAUAAAACACUUUUAAACUAAAACAGAAUUGAGAGAGAG